AUGGAUACCAACAGUUUGGCGCAUAAUGAAGCUAGGAAUGCUGGUGGAGUCAUCCCAACAACAACAAGAGGAAGAGGUGGCGGCCCGAACCUGAUCUCCACUGGUGGUCGUGGAAUCUCCAUGCCGCUGGGGAGGAUGUUGACUGAAAACAGGGUGGCUCUGGCAAAAGCAGCAGGAGCAGCUCGCUAUGCUUGGGGUGGGUAUGGAGAGGUAAACAUCCAACCUACUGAGACUCAAAACCUCUUCAUAUUCACCUUCAGUAACCAGGAGAUUAGAGAAAGAAUCUGGAGAGACAGACCAUGGAGCUUAUCAAACACUUUGACUGCUAUAGAGAAAUAUAACGGGAGAGGGAAGCCAGAGGAAAUACCUUUGGAGAAGAUAGCAAUGUGGGUGCAGAUCCAUGGGAUGCACCAAGACCAAAGGAAUGAACAGAAUAUGGUGGCAAUAAGUACACACUACUUCCCAGGGUUCCUCGAUCUCGACAGAGCGAGUCUGGAAUUUAAAGGUUAUAGAAGAUUCCUGCGAAUUCUGGUGGAGGUGGAUCUCAGGGAGCCGAUUCCAACAGGAUUCGAUUUCCCAUUCACAGAUGAAAAAACAGGGGUGGAGUACUGCGACGUGGUUGAAUUUAAGUAUGAGAGGCUCGUGGAACUGUGCUAUUUUUGUGGGCGGAUAGGCCAUAACUGGCUGACUUGCUGGAGAAUGGAUGAGGAGAGGAAGAGGAACAGGGUGGGUUACCUGUCGGACGUUUACAACGCAUCACUCAAGUCUGGGAUAGACUCUCCAAACAGACCGGGCAACUUCAGAAACAGCAGAGAAGGGGAAGGGUCUCAGAACGCCCAGUGGGGAAGAGACAGAUCGAGGUCGGGGGAUUAUCAGCGGCGGGGGGAUAGAAGGCGACGGCGUGGCUGCGCGGGAAGGAGGGGUUCAAGCGAAGAGGAGUCCAAAAAUUCCCCCUGGAUUCACCAUCAGGAGGAUUGA